AUGCAGGGAAAAGAAUCGAAUAAUAAAAAACUUUCAAGUCCUACAGAGCUUUAUAAAAGCACAAAACGUAAUUCUGCGGAUUUAGGAAAUGCUCAAAGAAAAUUAUCCUUAUUGUCAGACAAGACUGACAACGGCAUCACCAAAGUAUUAUGCAAUAAUUUAAAUUUUCCGGUUUCAGCCGGUAAAGACAACGUUCGAAUGAUAGAUAGAAGUUUUGAAAAAAAUAAUGGUGACCAAAGUUUCGAAGGUGGGAUACACCACGAGACUAACGAUGGAACCGACAGCGGUGUCGAAGUGAUUCGUGCACUCAGCAGUAACGGUAGCAACAGCGACAGAGCUACCCCCGUUCAAUCUUGCGGCUCGAGUUUAGUGAGUUAUUCUUCGGAGCCUGAAAUAGAUAGGGGAAGCGAAUGCGAAAGCGAGAGUUCAGAUAAAACCCGUUUAAAAAAAGGAAGUGAUAGUGGGGGGAGUAAUAUUUGGAAAAUAAAAAAAAAUUACGGUAAAACGGAAAGAUCGCGAUUAGGAAGUCGAAAAGGUAGCUGUUACGAAGGUGAGGGUACGAGCGAAUCUUGCAGCGAAACAUCAUCGACUCAUGAAGCCGUUACUCCCGAUCAAUUGAAUCCUUCUUUAGACUUUAAGAGAUCAAAUCGACUGCGGGAUGUGAAAAAUUCGGAAAGUGGUAAAUCCUCAAUGGUGCGCAGAUCAGAAUCUAUGACGAGAAACGGCAUUUACGAAAAGUCAUCCGUUAGAUCACACAGCGGCGUAAGAAUUUCAUCUUCGGCGUCAAAAGUCAAUUCUGGUUCAAAGUCUGGUCAAAUAAGUAGUCGAAGCGUAAAAACAGGAGUUGCAGAAAAACCCGACAGUAAGGGAAACAAAGUUAAAAGCAGUGAAAAAUGGUCGUCUUCCUCUCAAAAGACUCAAACGUCGGGAGCGAGAAUUCGAGUAUCGAGCGUAGCAGAUCCAACCCGAAGAAAUAGUUCUGCAGUCAUGUCCUCCAGUUUAACAUCAGGUUCGAUAGAAGAAAGUUGUAAAAACGACAUUUCCGAAAUAAAAUCAAACGCAUUAGAUAAAUACGGCACAUUGCCGAGAAGGCAAAAAAAGAAAUCGGUGGUUUCGGAACCAUUAUCGAUUUCUGUCGUUCAAACUUCGCUCUCGAGGAGUAAUUCAACAUCGAGAGAACCGAAUUUGAAUAAAACCGUUACGUUAAGAAAUCAAAAAUUAAAAGAAAAAAAUAAAACUUUACCUCCUUAUCCUAAAAUAAAAAAGAACUCGUGUAAAACUAUUAUUUAUCACGAAGUAAGCGUACAGACUCUUAUAACGAAUCAAGAUAUAAGUUGCACUAGUUCGGGUAUACAAAUAAAAGAAAAAAAAACCCAAGAAGGUACUUGUCAAAAAGAAGAUAAAGAAAUUCAGACUGAAGGUAGAGAAAGACUGAAAAAAUUGGAAAAUGAUUAUUUGAAACAAAAUGAAAAAUUGGAAAAAUUCAUAAAAGAAAAUGAAGAAUUGAAAGAGGAUAAAAAAAAUAUUUUAUUGAAAAUAAAUAAACUUCUCGGUCAUUCGGAAGAUGUCGACAUUUUAAAUAACGGACUCAACGAACUCGAAAAACAUUUUCAAGCUGUCGGUUUGACCGUUCUCAAACAACAGCAAGAAUUGUCAGAACUCCGAAGAUAUAAACUCAUUGCUCACAGAGAUUUAGAAAAAAGUCUUGCCGCUCAAAAAAAUCUUUUACAACAACAACAAGAAAUCGAAGAAGAAUAUUCGGAAUUGCAAGAUUUUUUACAAGCUGAAAAAACGGCUUUAUCCGAAUCACUUUUGGAUACCGAAGUUGAAUUAAAAAGACUUAAUAGUGAAAUUAAUAAAAAAGAAACGCUUCUUCAACAACAGCAGGAAGAAUGCAAACACCUAGUCAGGAUAUGCGAACAAAGAAGACAAGAAAACCUUUCAUUGGAAGCAAAAUUAAGCGGUUUAGAUCAAAGAAGUCGUGAUGUUCUCGUACAGCAAGGAGCUGCCGUGUCUGCAGCUGCAGUUGCUUUAUCUGGUCUUGGAGCUCGUUUAGAUACUUUGGUCGAACAAUUGUCACUGUCUUGCAAUAUAACAGAAAAAGAUUUAGAGGACAUAAUUUUUCACAAUGAAGCUUAUAGUCAAAGUGAAGAUAAUUCACCUGAUUAUCCAACAUCAAAACCAUUGGAAAUUCCUAAACAGGGAGAAUCAUUAUUGCAAGUUAUUUUAGGAGCUAUAAGAAAUGCUGCUCAUUCGCCAUUUUUAAAAAAAAAUUCAUCGUCGUCUAGAAAACCUUCGGAGCCAUGUUUAAAUUUGGAAAGUUCGUUCGAUGAAAAUUCUUCUUGUUCUUCGAGCAAAAUCGUCAUAGAAGAUGAAAAAAAGAUUAGUAAAGACGAAGAAGAAGAAGAAGAAGAGCGUUGUCGUAAAAAUAAUUUAACCCGAAGUAAUUCCCUUCAAAAUCUUUCCGAUGCCAUCUUGAAUAGACAAUUGAUUGAGAAAAAUGAAAAUGUAAAAAGUAUUUUCCUCGACGAAAUCAUUCCCAUAGAAGUCAAUUCUUUAGUCGAUCAAAUAAUCGACGUCGAUAAUUUAGUUACGAAAUUAUUAAAAGUUAUUAGAAUCAUUCAAGAAGAAAAUGAAAAACAUGUGGAAAAAUUAAAAGAUGAUAGAUCGAAUCUCUCGGAAGAAUUAAAUCAAGAGAAAAUAAAUCAGGAAAAAUUAAAAAAUAAUUUAGAAAGACUUCAAAAAGAAUUAACGGAUGCAAGAUCUCAAUUGAACGUUCGCAUAAGUCAACUCGAAGAUGCGAAAUCUUUAUGUAAAGAAAACGAACAAAUUGCUAUGGACGAAAUGCAAAAAAGAUUCGAUAUGAUCGAUUCGGCACUCGGAGUAAGUUGA